AUGGAAAGUUAUGAUGUUGCGUUUAAUCAGCCAGUUGUGAUAGAUAAUGGCUCGGGUGUUAUAAAAGCUGGUUUUGCUGGAGAUCAAACACCGAAAUGCCGUUUCCCGAACUACAUUGGCAGGCCCAAACACACCCGUGUGAUGGCAGGUGGUUUGGAAGGGGACAUUUUCAUUGGGCCUACAGCUGAAGAGCAUAGAGGCUUGUUAGCUAUUAAGUAUCCAAUGGAACAUGGCAUUGUUACUGAUUGGAAUGACAUGGAGAAGAUCUGGAGUUACAUCUACAGCAAAGAGCAACUGUCCACCUUCAGUGAGGAACAUCCUGUUUUACUGACAGAAGCUCCUUUGAACCCUAGACCCAACAGGGAGAAAUCAGCUGAAAUCCUAUUUGAAUCUUUUAAUGUGCCUGCACUCUUUGUUUCCAUGCAAGCUGUACUUAGUUUAUACUCAACUGGUCGUACUACUGGUGUAGUAUUGGACUCAGGUGAUGGUGUCACACAUGCUGUUCCCAUCUAUGAAGGCUUUGCUAUGCCACAUAGCAUCAUGAGGGUGGAUGUAGCAGGAAGGGAUGUUUCCAGAUACCUCAAAUUGUUGUUGAGGAAGGAGGGAAUCAAUUUCCGUACCACCGCUGAAUUUGAAACUGUGCGCACUAUCAAAGAAAAGGCAUGCUACUUAGCUAACAAUCCAUUAAAGGAAGAAACUUUGGACACUGAACACAUUGAUUACAUUUUACCAGAUGGCAAUAGCAUAAAAAUUGGUCCUGCUAGGUUCAGGGCUCCUGAGGUGCUAUUCAGGCCUGACCUGAUUGGAGAAGAAUAUGAAGGCUUGCAUGAGGUUCUCGUAUAUUCUAUUCAAAAAUCCGAUUUGGAUUUGCGUAAAGUUCUGUUCAAGAACAUCGUUUUAUCCGGAGGUUCUACAUUGUUUAAAGGUUUUGGUGAUAGGCUUUUAAGUGAAAUCAAAAAAAUCUCGCCAAAGGAAGUGCAAAUAAAAAUUUCCGCGCCUCAGGAGAGGCUAUAUUCCACAUGGAUCGGAGGUUCAAUUCUGGCAGCUCUCGACACGUUUAAGAAGAUGUGGGUUUCGAAGAAGGAGUACGACGAGGAGGGCCAAAGAGCCGUGCAUAGGAAAACGUUUUAGUUAAAAUAUAUAUAAUACCAAAAAAAAAAGACAGGAGAAAAAAACACAAUAACAAAAAAAUUAUAUAUAUAUUAAGAAAAAAAAAACAAAGAAACUUUCUUCUUGCGGCUCUAUAUGUGAUAAAUAUUGCAUCAUUAACAACAAUUUGUUUCCGAACAAUAUUUUUAUAUAAGAUUUUGUUGACUCUUACCUUGUUUUUCAUUUGUGUGAGACAGAUGCACAGUUUAUUCGGUCGGAGUUUGCUUUCUAGUAACAUUACGUACAUAUAAAUAUACUUACGAUUUUCUUUAUUUUUGUGAUUUUGUGAAAAUCAUCAUAUUGUAUACGUUACUAUAAUAUAUAAUACUUUUUUUUUUGUCAAAAAUUGAUAAUUACUA